AUGGAGACUAUUGAGGACAUUCCAACAAUGUUAGAAAAAACAUCUUCUGAACAAUUUACAGAAAGGGAAAUAUUGGAGUGGGUGGAAGAAACUGAAGAGCAUACCCUUCAAGACGAAUUUCAAGAUGACCAUUCUGAAAAUUCACUAAGUGACGUAGAAACACAAAAUGGAAACCAAUUUACUGUUCUAAAAGUUAAACAUGAAGAGGCAAUUGCGCAUUUUACGGCAGGGAUUGAAAUGGGCAGAAGACAACAAUAUUGCACAUACCUCAAUCCUUGCCUUAAAAGACUUAAGAGAAGAAGCUGUUAUUAA